GAGCGAGCGCUUGCUGCCUGAAAGCAUCUAUGCCAGAGGUCCAACCAUACUGGACAGGUCUCACCAGAGGAGCCAGACAAAGAGUGCCUCUCCCAUCAACAAUAUGGUGAGAUGUAACUUUAAUAAAUCUAUACUGGAUCGGUCGGCGCCUGGGUCAACAAGGACCACGCCAGGUGCUGGAGUCCCUGGACAUCUGGUGGCAAGUGGGCUACAGGACUCAGGAUCUUCAGUUGAGCAACCAGGGCUGGAGACUGCAAGGUUACUGGAAGAAACAUCACUUAAACGGAAAAAAUAUACGAUUUAUUAUUUAUUUAUUUAUUUAUUUAUUUACACAGUCAGACAGGUGUUAUGGACUGGUUUGUUUUAUCCAGACAUUGAGUCCUUCCCAAGGACCUGGGAUGGCUGAAUUUUAUUGUCAAUGUUGUUGCUAUUGUUAUAGAUAUCGUCGCAGAAUAUAGGCUGUUCCCAGUAAAGUUGCAUUAUUAUUAUUAUUAUUAUUAUUAUUAUUAUUAUUAUUAUUAUUAUUAUUUAAUUAAUUAGAUUUCUAUACCGCCCUUACAAAAAUGGCUCAGGGCGGUUUACACAGAGAAAUAACAAGUAAAUAAGAUGGAUCCCUGUCCCCAAAGGGCUCACAAUGCACCUGCAGGGAGUGGUUCCGUGCACACCACUACUCUAAAGUCAGGCAGUCAGGCCUUCAUGUACUUUCAUUUGGUUGUGAUUACAAAUUACACACACACACACACACACACACACACACACACACACACACUCUAAUUUGCAAUAACAAAUAUUUCUAAAUGCAUUUUACAUAGCAAAUGGAAUAUGAAACAAUUCCCUGUCCCAGAAGGCUUCCUUCUCUAAAAAGAAGCCCAAGGGAGACAUUAACAAGAUCCUCUGGGAAGCUUGCAGUUCUAAAUUGAAUAGGCACAGUUGCUCUCCCCUCGCGAAAAAUAGGACCAUCUCCCCUUUAAAAAAUGUGCCCCUUUUAAAGUUAGCAGGGUGGUUGGCAGCAUUCUAACCGGCUCAGAACUCUACAGAGGAGUUGCCGUGGCGCCCAGCUCAAACGCUCACAGGUCUUCCUUUGGCGAGGAAGGCAGCUUGAAGACCUGGAUCUUUGCACGCUACGCUCUUGAGCCAUACAUACUGGUACAUGCUACAGUACUUCGCAGAUACAUUAAAUCUGCAGUUUCCAAGAUGGGCGACGUCGUAAUGAAUACCGUAGCGUCAACUGGUGCAGUAUUAAAAAUUAAGAAAUGCCUGGCUGAGGUCAGCUUCUUGCAACUUUGUGCCUUUUUCCUGAGCCUUAGUGGAUGGCUUAUGUGUAUGACAUCCGCAAUCCUUGUCCAGUGGAGAGUGUGGCACUUUAGUAACCACUAUGGUGGAACCAGCAUUGCUUGGAUUGGGAUUUGGGAAAUCUGCCGUGUCGAUGAAGAUCCGUCUAUUGAUGAGCAAAAUCGCAUGAACUGUACAGCAUUCAGCAAUCUACACACCUUCCUCCCCAGUGAGAUUAUAGCUGCCCAGAAUCUCAUGGUACUCGCUACCAUUGCGGGGGCAGUGCAAACAGGCUUUCUCUCUGUGGCCUUCUCCAAUAUAUAUAGGAAGGAAAAACAGAGAAAACACGUUGCCAACCUUUUUUUGAUUGCAGGCCUCCUAAAUUUAUCAUCGGGAAUAGGUGUCUUCAUUCCAAUUGUUUGGAAUAUGGUUUCCGUCUUGUCAGAAGUGCCAAUUUUCUUCCCUGAAGAUUUCCAUUUACCACAUAAACCAGAAUACCAGUAUGUUGGAGCUGCGCUUCUGGUUGGGCUGAUUUCUGCAAUUUUCCAGAUCUUGAGCGGAUGUUUUAUUCUGCGCAGUAAGCAUUUGGCAGUCAAGAAAAUAUCAGCAAUGGCAACAGAGGCAUCUGCAAGGGCAAGUGAAACCACUCUUUGUCAAAAGUGUUCAUUGUCCUUAGUGCCUAAAACCCCAAAGCCAGAGGAAUCUGCUUCUGUGACCAUCGACAGCCCAUUGGACGUGCGACGCACUGAAAACCCAUCUGUGAUUGUCCAGAUGGAUAACUUCUCUGAAGACGUGACCAAUCCCAGAGAGCCUGUUCCAUCAUUGCCCCAAAGUCACAUUAUAUUGGUGACUCCAUACAUUGAACCAACAGUUGGUGAUGAAUCUAAAUAAUCAGAUUCUAAACACACCAGGACAUGAACUGUGAACAUUUGAAAUUUAUUGAAACCUUUGAAAGGGAUAGUGGGUCUGUUUAUGUUGCAGGAAUAUUUGUUUGUUUGUUUGUUUGUUUGUUUAUUGCUGUAGGGGUUGUUUUUAUACUUUGGGGAUAACUUUUGUGCUGUUAACAAUAAUGGUUGUUUUCAUGGUAUAGGCUACAAUUAUCUUUGAUAGUUUUGUGUUUCUCAUCUUUUAUUAAAAAUAUCCACCUAUUUUAAUCACA